AUGUCGGGUGAAGGAAUCCUCCCGUGUAACCAGAAGAGACCUCCGGUCAUAGCUCCUCCGUCCUCUGCAGCCUCGCCUUCUUCGCCUAAUCAUCAUUCUCAUCAUGACAAGGUUCGUACCAUCUUCAUUUCGGGUCUGCCUACAGAUGUCAAAGAGAGAGAGUUGCAAAACUUGCUGAGAUGGCUUCCAGGUUUUGAAGCCUCGCAAGUGAGCUUCAAGGGAAAAGAGCCCAAGGGUUUCGCUCUAUUCUCUACUGCAAAAUUUGCUGUUGCUGCCAAAGAUACCCUUCAAGAGAUGGUUUUUGAUGACAAGUUGAAGUCUCUUUUGCACAUUGAGAUGGCAAAGAAAAAUCUGGUUGUUAAAAAAGGAAUGGGUACUGAUUCUGUUGCAGUGGACAUUUAUAGCUGUCAUCCUGUUCCUCCGGUUUUGCCUGUGCCAAAUCCAGCUCCUGGAGAGCGUCUCCAAGUAUUCAUGUGCAUGAUAAAUCUGGGUGUUAUGUUGAAAAGUCUUCCGCAGUUGCUGUCCAAGAUGAAUCCGGGGAGUCCACCACAAAGGAUUGCAUCAAUGACAAGUCUGGAUGCUUCACGCUUACGGAUGAGAACCUUGCAAAUUUUCUGUUUCUUCAAUUAUCCAGUGAUGUUGGAGUUCCAUGAGAUUGGCCUCUACUAG